CUUCUGCUCCUCCUUAUGGUGUUAUCCAUUCGGGGAGAACUGGACGGAUCCCGAAGAUGUGGGGCCUACGAGUGCCGCCUGAGCAAUCCGAUCUGCCGAUGCGAGUCCUUCUGCCAGGAGUCCAGCCAGCGGUGCUGGAAAUCCCCAACGGGCUGCCAUUGUGCAAGGGGCUAUGCCCGCGACGAACGUGGCCACUGCGUGCCCCUCAUUUUGUGCCCCUGA